CCAACAAACUACUGGAGCAAAAAUCGCAUAGACUUUAUCUAAAUGACGGGCAGUUUCAGAAUUCAACUAAUCAAUAUGGGCACACGAGGAGCAGCUUUCCAAGCUAAGCUGCGUUGUCUACACGAGUAUCACGUGCGCCUUCUGAGCAACCAAAUACCGGCUCCAACUGGAUCGGAUGUAGCCAACACUAUAAAAUACUUUUCCCAAACACUUUUAACUUUGCUGAAAGAUGUCCCAUGUUCUCCAUUAGAAAUGAUUAAGGAUCCGUCACUGGAUCAAGUGCGUAUGUCAAGCUAUCCAAAUCUUGAGUAUCAAAAUCUGUACAACGCGCUCACGAUGCUGCUCGACGUUGCGUCCAACAUCCAGUCCGGACUGAAUCUGUUCGGCAAAGCGUUUCUGCAAUGUUUAGGUUGCAUACUACCAUUUCUCGACCGCGAUCUCAUUGACAACUUACCCUAUUUAACGGCAUCGAGUAUUUCUGUUCUACCAGCUUCACUUCACCAGGAGAUCAUAAACUAUCUUUGCUAUUAUAUUCUACCAUUUACAAUCACACGGCAAAGUGAUGACGAUCAUGAAUGCCACGCGUGUCAGUCAGUCUCGGCCGUCAUUAUGCUGGUGUUCCAGUACUCGACCAAUCCGGCGCAUCACUGCCAGCUGUUGGAGUGCCUGAUGCGGCUGAAGCACAACGUUGCCAAGGACUUGCUGUGCAUCAUUGGCUACGGUACCGCGAUGUCGCGCGCGUCGGCCGCCAAGCUACUUUUCUACUACUGGCCAGCCUUCGAUCCAAACCUGUUCGAUCGCAAGGGUUUGCUGUGUAAGUUCACCAACGAUCUGGUGCCGUUCGUAUGCCAACGUGAAUCAUGUCCGAAUGCUGGAAACGCGGAGGCAGUGAAGGUGUGUUAUGAUCAUUGUAUCAGCAUACUAUAUGCAUCGGAUGCACCCCCUCCGCUCUACCUUUGCAUCGAGUGCGCCAACGAGAUCCAUCGCGACCAUCGAAAUCUAAUGUUUGGCGACAUUUUGCACCCUAUGCAACAGGUUUCGAUGGUUUGUGAGAACAAGAACUGUCGUUCCCACGAAAAGUCGGCGGUAUCAAUCUGCUUUUCGACCGAAUGUGCCAGUUACAACGGCAAUCAUCCGAUACGAUACUGCAUGCAGUGCCAUGGUAACCGCCAUAACAGUCGCCGUGGCAUCGACCAUAUCGUACAUCGUAGCCUGCCGCCGAUGAUGAUGAUGGAUGCUGAAAUGCAAACGUAUCUGGUGGAAUCAGUAAUCAGUCUACUUCGCGAAGCGAAGCCCUUGAAUGUAGACUUUCGCAAGGAUAUGGCCCCUCAAGACCCAAAAUCAAACGUAACCAACACCGGCGAAGUGUCGGUGGACUUACUCACACUCGAAGAGCGACAAUUAUUGGGGCGCUACGGCAUUUGGUUGCUGGUCGGACGGUGCACACCAACGGUCGACACACCUGUCGAGAUUUUGGGCCGGUUGCUGUCGAUGCUGUUCCACUGGUUUCACGUGACCGCCUACUCGUACGACGGGCAAACCGAGAGUACGUUGGAGAAAUUGAAGCAGGACCACAUCUGCAGCUGGCUGAAGGAAGUCCGCAUUAGCCACUACAAGGAGUUCAUUGAUUGUCUGUUACCGCAUCCGCCCGAAUACUCGCGCGUUGGUGGGCACUGGGAUUCGUUGGCAUCGCGCACGUCGCACUUGAAGGAGGGUUUGCAGCGCCUGAUAUGCUUGAUACCCUACGAAAUUAUUACGCAAGAAAUAUGGGACACCGUGAUGCCCCAUUGGAUGGAAGCCAUCACAAACGACGUACCUGAGAAAGAGUUGUCCGAGUUGAAGAUUGUUCUGAACAAAAUUCUAGAUGCAGAAAUGUCGCCGCUCGGUUUUGACGCCAAAUCGAUGUACAACUUCGUGACAAUACGCUUCGAGAAAACGACUGCCAAAGUGCAGCAACAGGCGCUUUAUUGGUUGCAGAAUUUGACAAAGCUGGAAAUCGUCAUUCCUCUUCCCCAAUUGUUCGCAAUGUUCGGUGACGGAGUGCGAAUCAUGAAACACGGGGUUCAGGCCGAAAUAAACAAAGCCAAAGAUGUCACUCGAUCAGGAUUGACUGUUGGCAACGGGGGCAGUGGUGGUGGCGGUACGGGAGCCAGCAGUGAAAUUCUUGCCGCUGGGUUGAAACUUUCCAAGGAGCGAGAUCUGCAACCACCAAGAAGGAGCUCCAUAUCACCAGUUGUUGAAGACGAGUCUGGCAACACUUCAGCCAUGUCAGACGACGAAGUUCCGAUAAGCAAGUGCAUGGAAUUUUCGUCCGAUGCUGAGCACAAUCUCACCUGUUGCGUGCUAAUGUUGGAUAUUCUAUUACGCCAGAUGGAACUACAAGAAAUAGAGAUGCAUUCGGGCAUUUACACCACCGUCGCCGAGAAUGUUUGCCGCCUUCUGAAGUGUAUGGUGACCGCAGCCAACGUCGGAAUGGGCAACCAUUAUUGCCGACAGAUGGAUUGUGCUUAUUGCGAAACAUCGGUAAUGUGGCACCAGCUGUCCACCAAGUUAGUGCAGUAUUUGGCUCCGAUCUAUCCUGUAAACCCACCAGAUCCGCCACUGCAAACCACCAUGGACGAUGAGAAAACUCGAAAAAGCCCGCCCGAGCUCGAGAAGGAAGUGAAACCUAAUGAGCGCGAUAUAUCGCUCUCUAUGGCACCGCUACACAUACCGCUUGGACCAUUAGUCAUGCCUUCUAUUCUUGACGAUGCCGGAAAAGUUAUAAUCAUGGCAGGUCCAGUGCCGGUAGCAGUUCCACAACCGGAACCUCACUCGGUUGGUGGUGUAUUAGCCGUAUGUAGUAUGCCGCAUGUUUGUUCUAUCAUGACGGCUACAGUGGAAACUGUUUCAGAGCAGCUGGAUUUAGCUGCCAUCAUGCCUUCGGAGAGAGUAGUACCGGCCGUUGCACGAUCUGUAACGUUAUCGGAAGCGGAUGUUGCCACCGCCACCGUUCAGAUUGCAAAACCGACCGUUAUCGGCGAAAGCAGUUCCGAAGCAGAUGGAUUGGACUCGGAAAAUUUCGAAAGUUCUCACCCAUUCGAAGCCAAUGAAGAGUUUUGGCACACAUCAGUGGGAAAGUUUAAGUUUUCGAUCGAUACACUGCCCCAGUCAUUGCAAUUUAUCUAUCAGCUACUGAAAGAAAUUCCCAACAUUGACAAAGCAGACAUCCUUUAUUAUGUGUUGCAGUGUUUGAAUAUCAUGGUGCUGCAUGGUGAUGCAUUUGUGAAGGCGGCUCGAGAUAACCGUGGUUUCUUCAUCUGGUGUCAAGAAAAUAUGCUAAUUAAAAAUUUAUGGAAGCUUUGCACUGCAGCGCAAUCGCACAUUUGCCAGGCGACGGUGCCCAUACUGCUGCACUGUAUUACACUACCGAUGGGAUCGGACGUGUUUUGGAAAGUAGUGCAAGAGGCGUUUCAUGACGCUGAUUGGAGAGUUCGGUUCGAAGCAGUAGAACGGGUAACUGUAAUCACGCGCUUCAUGGACACCACGCCACUCCGAACGGAAGUUAGCUUACAAACAUCGCUGGCGACGGCUUUCUGCCAUCUGGUGGCGGCUUGCGAUGAUUUAAAUGUGCAUGUGGCGCAGCGCGCUACCCUUUACCUUGGCACGAUCCACGACUACGCUAUCCAGGCACUUCUUUACUGCCUGGAGAGCCAGUUUGAUAAAUUUAUCAUCGACCGACCGGUGGUAUUGCAGUCAAUCUAUCAGCUCCACAAUUCACUCUCGGAUCGUAAGGUUCUGACAUGGGACUUUUUCCUCAACCGCUUCGACACACUGUUUGUCGAAGCCCAAAUCAACCUGGAGCGUGCCGGCGACAUUUCUUAUCUACGCGAUCUGCGUAAUAGUGAAAACGGCAGUGAGAUCCUGUCAACGAAGAUCAACAAAGCCCGGGAAGCAUUGAGCCAAUCGGAUACGAGCGGCAGUAUGUCGAAGACGCUGAGCGCAUCGUUCGGCGCAAAGUGGCCUUACAAGCGCACAAUGUCCGCUCCAGCUACAAUCAUACCACGACAGGAGUCGAAAGUUGAGAAAGAAAAGGUCUACAAUCGACAAGUGUCUGCGCCGAUUCUGAAGCGAAAGAGCUCACGAUUUGGUUUGGAUGGACACGUUCAUUCGAUCAGUGGCCAAAACGAUGAUUUUCAUAUGGGUAGCCUGUACCGCGUGAUCGAUUUGGAAGAGGCAGACAGGGAAACCAUCCACCUGCUCAUCUUUCUUCUGAUGCAGUUCAUGUCGCGACCGGAUCUGGCUUAUCCUACGGAUGAGAAACCACUGUUUAAAAUUCAGUCGAUUGUGCUCCGACACCUGUAUUUGCUGCUGGGUUACAAUCAAGGGGAGAAGUUCUUUCACUGUGCCCCGAACCGGCUCCGCAGCUCGUCUGUUUUCAAUGCAUUUAUGGCCAAUCUGCCGCAGGUGCUGGACCAAAACUAUCAAAUGGGCUGGAUGCUCCUACCGACAGUCAUCCAGCUGUUGCUGUACGCGCCGAAUCAGACGAACAGUGCUUUCCUGCAGCUGGGACCCGGGACCGAAAAUCACCACAGUGUGGCAACUUACAACUUCUCCAUAUGGUAUCUUGAGCCUCACGUGCGUCGCAACUGGUUGAUGUCGCUGCUGGUCAUAUUGUACAAGUACCAAUACAAGCAGGCGUCGAUGACGGAUCAAGUGCAGAACAUGAUUCGACUAGUUAUUAACUCGCUCGAUGCACAGUUUCACAAGUGUCGCCGUAUUCCAACGACCAUUAUAAUGGACUAUUCGGCGACACGAUUGCGCAAUCAAAGUCAGCCAUCACUCGGUGCCACUUCGGAGCUCGACGACAGGCGCUUGAAUGAUAGCCCUCCACACAGUCCACUGCAGCCCGCAACUCUUGGCCUUUACGCGGGAGACGAUACCUCGCGCAACCGAUCGUCGCGCCUGAAAGGAUCCAAAGGCCCGCGCAAACAUCCUGACGCCAGUUUCGACGGAGACGAUACUGAAUCGGAAUUGGUCGUUAUACCUGAAAGUGACGUGUCGGACAGUACUCUGCAGGAGAGCAGUGUCCAGGGAUCGCUUGAGGACACCGCUAGUAACGAAGACGAUUCGAACGCACUGAAACAUGACACAGCAUGCAAAACGGUUGUGCGUUCAACAAACGAAAACCGGGCAAACCUGCCUGCCGCCGGUGGGCCGCCAAAGUUGGGCACCGCAACGACAAUGUCGCAACAAGGAGCGCAUCAAAUGAGUACAUCGAAAAAAAACUAUCAAGCGUCGUCCGAACAAACCGAGAUACACGACAGAAAGAUAGAAAAUGACAAGCGGAUAACGGUACCGGAAAAGGUAGAAAAGCAGGAAAAGAUAAGCAGUAACAUCUUUAGAAUGGCUUCGGCAUUUCAGCUAAACUCACAGAAGUGUUCCGUACAGGAGGGUGUUCGGAUGAUGGUUACUUCGUCUAUGCUCGGCCAACCUAAGGCUCAAGCCGUACUCAAUCCAUUUGCGAAUGUGCAAAAAGCUAUCGUCGUUACGCAGAGCACCGGCAGCAGUAGUGGAUCGAAUGUAACGAAGGAAGUAGCUUCAAAGUCUGCGGAAUCUCGCUCAAUACAAGAUGAACAGAGUGGUAACGAGAAGAAAACGACAUGCGCAACCGAGCAAAGGCAGUCCACAAAUCAGGUGGUUCAACAAGCACUGGGAUCGUUGAACAGAUGCACGCCUCCACGUGACAAUGACCAAUGCCAGGCAAGCUCUUCAUUUGCGUCCGAUUCCAGUCAUGAAUUCAAGGUACAGUCUUUAGAAAAAAUGCCCGCACUCUUCGGAUCAUCGAAGUUGCUGCUCGAAGGGAAAGGCGCGUUGUCAACCGCUUUACCUAAAACAUACCUUCACCAGCUGCCACUGCCUUCCCUUGAACGACUGUUACCUAUCGGGCAAUAUGCUACCGAGAAUGUGAACGCCAUAGUCGAGACGGUACGAGAAGGGCUAGGCUUAUCGGACGUCCCAGUUCUAUCAAAUGGUGCAACCGACGAACAGUCAAAUAUUCCGGCAGACCUCAUCCAUGUACGAGAAGCAUCGACGGCAUCACCCAGAAAAUUGACUAAACAGUCUGCGCUGGAGUCGCCGCCACAAAACCUCGACAAUGAUGACGGUCGUGAUAGCGGCGGGUUUGGGAGCACCGUAUUGCCAAUGCAAACGGCAGACUGUGCGGAAAAAUCUGGCAACAAGCGAAUGGAAGCAAAGGAAGCAUCUAAACAAACGCACAGUACGAAAACAGCAGGAGCCUCUCACAAAGACACUCGGGUCAAGUACGCCGGGUCAUGGCCACCUGAAGCAAAAGUCGAAUCGGAUAUUGACGAUCCGGAAAGUUCGUCAUGUCCGGAGAAAUCGAGCAGUCUUCGUAUCGGAGAUGAGUGUAUCUGUGAACGUUGCUCAGAAUGUGGUGCAAUUAAGGAGCAAUACACAGACGAAGAAACAGGAAUUAUGCUGAUCGUACUGGGCACCUUUAUCCAUCGCGAACCAUCACUCGGAGCACCGUUUUUGCCGGAUAUUUUGGCCAUCGUCUCAAGGAUUUCGUUGCAUCCGACGUUCCCGUGGCGCUGUGAAAAUUUAACUCACUUACCAGGAGGCUCACAGUCCGUUGCACAUCAAUUUAUUCGAUGUGUUUUGCAUCAGCUCGCACCAAAUGGCGUGUUCUACCAAGUAUUCCUGAGUCAAAAAGACGAAAUUACUCGCAAGCGAUUCUAUCGAAGUGUGUCAAACAGUUUAAAUGAUUUCUCGGAACUAAACCCCACAAGUCCCAUACAGAUGUUGGCAGAAACACUCAAUGCCAAGAAAACACUCCCAAUUGAUUUGAUGCCGGUGAUUUUCCGCAACUUGGCCGAAUAUCUUCAGUGCGUACCGGUAGACUGUAUUGCCGGCAGUGUGUGGUCGCCAGUAGUACAAAGUCUGGACAGCCUGUUCCGUCGCGUUAUUUUGAUUCUUCCCAGCAUGACUGGAACAGAGCACUUGCUUGAAAUCAUAGUAUGCUUGCUGAAGGUGCCGCAACUGUCUAAGACUAUUUUGGAACCGUUUUCUAAAAUAAUAAGCUACGCGAUUCAGAACUUGCGGUUGACGCAUAAGAUACUGGUCGAAAUUUGUAAUCUCAGCGGACGAGCAUUCACAAAGGAACGCGAUAAGUUGUACCUGGGACGCCAAAUAGUAUUCGAUCUGGUACAGGCUCUGAAAUUCAAAAUCAACGUACCCGACAUCAAUCUGUUGCUGUUGGUGGGCUUCCUGCUUCAAGAUGCCGGAGGUAUACUUCCGCCCUGUAUUAGCGGUGAAAUGUCCGUGGGAGAAUCGUACGUGCACAUCAACUGUAACAUAACCGACUGCAUGCGACAACCGUACUUGAACGAUAUACUGGAAUUUUUGGCCGAUUUCCACACAUUGAGCAAAAUAAAGAAUCUGAAAGCAUCCGGCACGGGCCCUGGAUUAUGUGAGGAUACAAUUGGUGGCGUGCUAAAAGGAGCUAUAGCACAGUAUCUUGCGUUGGAGAUGUCACGAGGAAAUUCCAAAGAUAGUCGAACGGUUUCCAAAUAUCUUCCUUGGUUGAACAACGCGCCAUCGUCAUUGCAGCAAGGACCGAAAGAGUUUACAGAAUGUGUUGGUCAUAUGAGGUUACUAUCGUGGCUGCUUAUGGGAUCACUUACCCAUACAGCAUUAGUAGUGCGCAAGAUGGGCAUUGGAACAGCAGCUCCACACCAGGCGCACCUAAGAAACUGCAGCCUCAUAAUACAACCCGUGCCUCAAGAAGCCAGCUGCCACAUUGCGGAUCACGUGCAAGUGAUAUUUGCCGGAUUCGCAGAGCAGUCGAAAACAUCCGUUCUGCACAUGUCUUCCUUGUUCCAUGCGUUCACACUGUGCCAACUGUGGACAGUGUAUCUUGAGCAGGUAGCAAGUCUAGCAGCAAUUUCAUCCGAGACGUACAAUACUACUCUGAGUGUGCUGUUCGAGUUUUGGGCCAAAGUUACACCGUGUAUUUUGCAGUUGGUGUCUCACUCGAAGCUUUCAGAAAGUGUGAAUCUUCAUUUUUUGGGACUUCUAGAGUCUCUGAAAGAGACAAGAUCUACAAUAUUGGCCAAGUUAUUGCCUCUAUGGACACCGGUGCUUUCGUCUAACACACAACUCUCGGGAACACUGCACGUGCGAUUGCAGAACUGUCGCGACGCAGUGCCCAACCUCGAAGAGCAAGAUUUUCACGCAUCAGAGGCUCUGCUGAAGUGGUUGCAACGUUUGCAAUUCAAGAUGGGACAGAUCGAGCUCCAAUCAUCCACUGCAACACAAUUCUAUUCUAUAUAAACACAUUUUUUGAUUUUCUGCUGCUCGCCGCAAAUGCACGAGAUUAUCGACUGGAAUCACAUUCAACGACACAUCACUCAGCUACUCCCAGAAUACAGUACACUGAAUACUUUCAAAUUUACAGUAUGUAAACGAUAAAGAACGAC